GGAAAAGAAAAGAAAAAAAGGAAAACGAAAGACAAGAAACGUGGACCAUUUCAGCCGAAAUUCUCACGUUGGAAAUGCCUAAUUCAAUACUCUCCACGGAUCAGAUAAGCUGAUAUCCUCUUUUUUUUCUAGGGUUCCUCUAAACCUUUUCCUCAUUUCUUAACAUACAUGCUCUGCCUCGGUUGACACCAAUGACAAAGAAGAAAGAACCAGGGAAGAAGAAGCAAAAGAUAAAGGAAUUAAACCAAAUUGAUAAUUUUCCUCAGUUUACUAAGCUGUCCAGAAAGGCUGCUCCUAAGGCUAAACGCUCUUCUUCUUCUUCCCCUGCUUCCCCAUCCACUCCAGGUUCCUUACCAGAGUGCUCCUAUGAUGGAGAUGAAGCUUCCAGUGUAACCUUAACUAGUUUCGAUGACAAAAAAGAUGGAAGGAAAAAGUUGCAUGACUCAGUUUAUUGCAAGAAGUCCUGGGGUAAAAGACCAGGAUUUGAGUUGAAUUUCUAUGAAUUUCCAGUGGUAGAAUCAGUUGCUCUAAAUAAAGUUAGUGAACCGUGCAGUGGUAGAAUUGUCCAUAGGAAAGUUGUGGAACAAGAAAGUGAUAAGAAGAAAUUAAAAGUUACACGAAGCAAUGGUGUCUGCAUAACUCCAGGAAAUGUCGUAUGGGCCAAAACUGCUUGCCAAGUGUGGUGGCCUGCUGAAAUCAUUGGCCAAAGAUCAAUUUUAGCUGAUUCAAGAAUCCAACACAAUGAGGAACAUGUUUUAGUUAAGUUUUAUGGGAAACAUAACAGUGCUUGGGUUAAUGCAGCAAGAGAUCUUUCAAUGCUUGAGGAUUGCUUUGAAGAAAGGAGCUGCAAUCCAAUGGAAAAUUUUCAAGAUGCUUUGAAACAAGCAUUAGUACAGAGGAAGGAACAUAUAAAAUCAUGUAGGCAGUUGCCUAGAAGCCAUGAUUCUUCCACUCACUCCGAUCAGCAAGACCGAAAAUCGGGUAAAUGGACUUCAUCUACUUCAAGCAAAACAGGUAGUAAUUUAGUCAAACAAGGAGGUAGUAAGAAGGAACGAAAGCCUACAAUUCACCUUGAUGAUGCUACAUUUCCAUCGAAAUCUGCUAAAGGAGCUCGCCGGAUAAAGAUAAUGCGGUACCUUGGUCUCACAGCUCCGAUAGGAUCUCCCUUCUAAUUGAUCACUCAUGUAACAAUUUUGAGUUUAUCUUCCUUCUAAGCCAUAAAUAAUGUUUGAAUAUUUUUGUUUAUUAGGUCCGUCAUUUGCUAAUUUUACAUGUGAACAAGUGCAAUAUUUCAAUGCCUGUAUGCAUGUAUAGAACUAUUAGUUCCAUGACCAUCAGUUUAUGCUUUUCAUUGCGCUUGAAUUUUUAUUUAUUAUCUCAGAUAUUGGCAAUUUUUAA